AGUCUUCAGCUUUUAAAUGUUUUCUCAUUUCUUUAUUGACCCAUUUUAAGAUGGAAAGAUGAUAACUUUUCCUUUUAUUCUCCUCCAUUCUGCAUCGGGAUCUUACGGGGUCUCAUUGGAAUUAUAAAAAACAAAAAACAAAAAAACACUGUAAAUUUUUCCUCAAAGUCGAUACCUUUUUUUCUCAUCGAAGUCACACACCACAAUUCUCUCACAAACCCUUAAAAUUGAAUCCGAGUCCGAGAGAAGAAGAAGAGCCUGGACCCUCAAAAGUCCCCACACAAGUUUUUUGAUGGAUCCCAAGAACCCAAACCGCCACCAAGUACCGAACUUCUUGAACCCACCACCAAGACACCAGAGCAUAGGAGAUGCUUCCAAGGACGACAAUCAUCAUUCCAAACCGGCCGAGGUUAAGGAUUUUCAGAUCGUGGUCGCUUCCGACAAUGAACCGAACAUCAGUAAGAAGCCGCCGCAGCAGCAGCAGCAGCAGAACCAGCUUGGUCCCAAGAGAAGCUCUAACAAAGACAGACACAUCAAAGUCGAAGGCAGGGGUCGGAGAAUCAGGAUGCCUGCUCUCUGCGCCGCUAGGAUCUUCCAAUUGACUAGAGAAUUGGGCCACAAAUCCGACGGCGAGACAAUCCAGUGGCUGCUUCAGCAGGCUGAGCCGUCGAUUAUCGCAGCCACCGGUUCGGGAACCAUACCGGCCUCUGCUUUAGCCUCGGCCGCUGCUGUAUCCAGCCACCAUCUUCAAGGUGGGUCACUCACUGCUGGUUUGAUGAUCAGUCAUGAGUUGGACGGUGGUGGUGGGUCUAGUAGUGGGAGGCCAAAUUGGGGUGUUGGCGGCGGAGAUGGAGUAGGAGGAGCUUCUAGGUCGAGUUUACCAACAGGGCUGUGGCCAAAUGUAGCUGGGUUUGGAGCUGGUGUGCAAGCCACUGGGAUGAUGAGUGAUGGAGGUGGUUACAGAAUUGGGUUUCCUGGGUUUGAUUAUCCUGGUGGAGCUAUGAGUUUUGCAUCCAUUCUUGGUGGUGGUAGUAACAAUCAGAUGCCUGGACUUGAGUUAGGGUUGGCUCAGGAAGGGAAUGUUGGUGUCUUGAAUCCGCACUCUUUUGCACAGAUUUAUCAGCAGCAGAUGAGUCAAGCUCAGGCUCAGGGUAGGGUUCUUCACCAUACUCUUCUGCAUAACCCAUCACAUGAGGAGCAUCAGCAAGAGAGUGGUGAGAAAGAUGAUUCUCAAGGCUCAGGGCGUUAAUUUAAGCUUUUUUAAAAAAAAACAUUGGUUUUCUCUUGUGGAUUUGAAAAGCUUUUGGCUUUUUGUUUUGUGAUAAUAUUGUUGUAAAACUAGCAUGGAGAAGAAAAGAAAAAGGUUCAUACUGAGUGAGAGUGAAAAUCUAUGCUUAUUGAAACCUCUGAUACUUUCAGAGGAUGAUGAUGAUGCAAGAGAGACUCCAACAGCUUUUUUUUUUGAGUGUUUGUGGCAUUUCCUUUUUUGCAGUUGUUGGUUGAAACUUGCAGGUUGAGGUUGUUAAUAGAUAUAGCCAGAGAUUGUUUGUACCUUUAUUGAAGCUUUGGAGUCUUAAGAUAUAGGCUUGUUUUUUCACUUGUU